AUGCAGCAGUCUCAAGCCCACCAGGUUCAUAAAGAACUUCAAGAUGCAUUCGCUCAACUAGAGUCGAUUCGUUAUGAAGUCCGGAGUAUAUCACUUAUGAAUCCUGGUCCUAUGGCUCGAAGGCUGAUGGAUAAUCCUCAAGACCCGGCUUCUCUGAGUGGUUUUGCUUCUCUCCUAACUACCAGUUUAUAUGUAUUCUUAAGGGCCAACAGUUCACUUGAGAAGCCUAAGGAGGAGCUGAAGUCAAGAAAUACUGUUGUGAAGGAUGAUACUUUCAGAACCUCAGACUCACCUAAUUUGCAUAGCCAAGCAACUGCGUAUGCAAAGUUGGCUGAAUCUGAUGUUGUGAAGACUGGCUCUUUGAAGAGCAGUGCAGAGCAAGAAAACCUUAAAGAUGAAAGUGGUCUUUUCAUUGUCCUCCCAAUUUCAGCUGAAAGCACUGGGAUGCUACCAAAUCGCAAAGAGAAUGUUAAGGGAACAGACAUUGUGUUGGAAGCAUUAGUUGAAGCAGAGGUAGCACGUAAUGCCAAAGAUUUCUUUUCACAGCCUGAAAAUCAAAUACAGUGAACUGAAAAGGUGGUGUUUGAUUCAAAGGGAUUAACUGCCAUGGAAUGCAAUCAUUGCUAUUGAAAGCUCCAUUACAAUUUUCGUUUUGGCCAUAUGACUCUUGAGAGCCCAUUCCUAUUAACUGUUGGUGGACCAUUUCCAAAAUAAAAUGGGUGGAAGGGCCGUUCGAACAUGACGCCCAUUGGAUGCCAACAUCUCAAGCUCUAGGAGUUCCCUUCCAUGGUUUUCACUUCUCGGUCUCUCACCUCAAGUUCAACCAGUUCACUUUCAUGGGUUCCCAUUUGAAUUUUGAAGACCUGAUCAACAUGAUUCUUUCACCAACAGAAUGUGAAACCAAUCUACAGAAUGAUAUUAGUUUCUAGAUUUUAGUCUAUAAUUCUUGUUCUAUGGCAUAUAAGUCUGUGAUCAAGCAUAUAUAUAUCAUCCCUGUAAAGAACACCAAUAUCAUAUUGAGUUAUUAAUGCAAUCUACAAAUUUGCCAUUCGUUUGUAGAAAUAAUGAAGGUAUUAUAAACUGUAAUGUGAUAUGAUUUGUCACAUUUUAUGGCUGUGAUCUUUUUCUGACUGCCUUUUAUCUUA